UCUCAGUUCAAGAGUGAGAGAAAGAUAGAGAUAGGAAUCAUCCAUGCUUGGUUUCAACGAAGAGGAAAGGAAGACGUUGUAGUUAGUGUUUUCAUGGCCGCGAGGACUACUCUGUAGGGUUUGGUAGAGAUAUUCAUCACGUUUUCGCUUUUCCUUUGGUUCAAGCAGUGGCCUAGCCGUGUUUGCUUCGUUGUUUUCCAUUAUCUUUGCUUCUUUUACUCUUCUCGGAGAUCUGGUUGGUGAGUUGCGGCUUGCUGACUUCUCAAGUGAUAUUUGAGCUACCCUUCUUUGAGAAGCAGCCAUGGCUACUCUUGGUGAUAUUGGAUUUGCUGCAGCUGUCAACAUUAUCAGUGUUGUUGUAUUCUUGGUCGCUUUUGCGUUCCUAAGAUUGCAGCCUACGUUUGACAUGGUUUAUUUUCCAAAAUGGUAUCUAAAGGGUGUAAGAAUCUCCCCUAAUCACUCUGGUGUGAAGAAAUUUGUCAAUUUGGAGUGGAGAUCAUAUCUUAGGAUUCUGGAAUGGGUGCCUGCGGCGCUUAAGAUGCCUGAACCUGAGCUGAUUGAACAUGCAGGACUUGACUCUGCAGUUUAUUUAAGGAUAUACUUAAUCGGGCUUAAAAUCUUUAUUCCGAUCACAUUCCUGGCAUUUGCUGUCCUAGUCCCAGUAAAUUGGACAAAUAAGACUCUGGAACUUUCUAGAGAUAAUGGAACAAAACUAGUUUAUAGUGACAUUGACAAGCUUUCCAUAUCAAAUAUUCCUGAGGGAUCUCAAAGGUUUUUUGCUCAUCUGGUGAUGGCAUAUGUGUUCACAUUUUGGACAUGCUAUGUGUUACUUAAGGAGUAUGAGAUAGUUGCAUCUAUGAGGCUGCAAUUUCUUGAAACAGAGAAACGUCGUCCGGAUCAAUUUACUGUACUUGUGAGAAAUGUUCCCCCUGACCCAGAUGAAUCUGUCAGCGAGCUUGUUGAGCAUUUUUUUCUUGUCAAUCAUUCUGAUCACUAUCUAACUCAUCAGGUUGUCUACAAUGCUAAUGAGCUUCAAAAACUUGUGAAGAAGAAGAAAUCAAAGCAGAAUUGGCUAGCCUACAAUGAACUGAGAUAUGAAAAGAACCCUACUAAAAGGCCAACCAAAAAGACUGGUUUUCUUGGAUUAAGCGGUGAGAAGGUGGAUGCUAUAGACUUUUACAGAGAAGAAAUUGAAAGGCUAUCAAAAGAGGAAACCAUUCUCCGUGAGAAGACGAAAGGAAACCCCAAGAGUAUUAUGCCAGCAGCAUUUGUUUCAUUUAGGACUCGGUGGGGGGCAGCUGUUUGUGCUCAGACACAACAAUGCAGAAAUCCAACCAUCUGGUUGACUGAGUGGGCUCCAGAACCCCGUGAUGUAUAUUGGGAGAACCUAGCUAUUCCAUUUGUGCUCCUGACGCUUAGAAAAUUAAUUGCUGCAGUGGCAUUUUUCUUUCUGACCUUCUUCUUCAUGAUCCCCAUUGCAUUUGUUCAGUCUCUUGCUAACCUUGAGGGGAUUGAGAAGAUUGCUCCAUUUUUGAGACCUCUUAUCGACAUAAAGUUCAUAAAGCCAUUUAUCCAGGGUCUACUUCCUGGGAUUGCUCUUAAGAUCUUUCUCAUCCUGCUGCCAACUAUAUUGAUGAUGCUGUCGAAGUUUGAAGGAUUGGUGUCUAUAUCAGCUCUUGAGAGAAGAUCUGCAUCCAAAUAUUACAUCUUCUUACUAGUAAAUGUAUUUCUCGGGAGCAUAAUAGCUGGAACAGCUUUUCAGCAGUUAGACAGUUUUAUUCAUCAAUCAGCAAAUGAAAUUCCAAAAACAAUAGGUGUUUCUAUUCCAAUGAAAGCAACUUUCUUUAUAACUUACAUCAUGGUUGAUGGUUGGUCUGGAAUUGCUGGGGAGAUUAUGAGGUUAAAACCUUUGAUAAUCUUUAAAUUGAAGGAUAUGUUCUUGGUUAAGACUGAAAAGGAUAGGGAAGAAGCAAUGGAUCCCGGAAGUAUUGGUUUCGACACAUCCGAGCCACAAAUACAAUUGUACUUCUUGCUUGGCCUAGUCUAUGCUGUGGUGACACCCUUUUUACUACCAUUCAUCAUCGUCUUCUUCGCUAUGGCAUACAUUGUGUAUCGCCAUCAGAUUAUAAACGUCUACAAUCAAGAGUACGAGAGCAGAGGUGCAUUUUGGCCGGAUGUCCAUGGACGAAUAAUCACCGCUCUCGUUAUAUCUCAGUUGCUUCUUAUGGGCUUGUUAAGCACAAAAGGAGCUGCUCAAUCAACACCUUUCCUCGUUGUUCUUCCUGUAUUAACCAUUUGGUUUCAUUGGUUCUGUAAGAACCGUUACGAGCCCGCUUUCAAGAGAUACCCACUGCAGGAAGCGCUGAGACAGGAUACUCGGGAACGGACCAAGGAGCCAAAUCUCGACUUGAAGGGCUACCUUUUGAAUGCAUAUAUCCAUCCAGUGUUCAAAGAUGAAGACGACGAUGAUAGUUUAUCAGCCGAGAACGAAAAAGAGCUCGAGACAAUUCUAGUACCGACGAAGCGCCAGUCUCGCCGGAACACACCAGUUCCCAGCAAAUACAAUGGUUCAUCUUCGCCGUCCCUGGCAGAUGCUGUUCUAGAUCAACAGUUAUGAGCGGCUGCGCUUUGUGUAUAUAGCUGUCAUCAUGCCCGAGUCGGCAUUCUCUGUAACUAAUGUGUGCAUUUUGUUACCAUGAGAUGUAGUAUGAGAGAAGGACUAGUGUUUCAAAAAAUGAUGUUCAGUAGCCUUGUAAUUUCUUCAUAACCAAUAAAUUCCUGGGAAAAGUUUCAAGAAAAAUUGGUUUUC